ACGGUCCACGGUGCGUAUGCGUGUUAUUUGACCCACAGAAGUGAAAUAGUGGUGUCUGUGUUGUUUCGUCGCUUUCGUGGUGUCUUCCUCUUGUUUGUUGUGAGUCGACUUCUUCGCGCGAAUUGAAUUGUUUUUUUUUUUUUUUUUUUUGCACACUAAUCGACUGCGCUACUUGCUCGAUUUUUUUUUCUGAAUUUUUGUUAUUUGUUUUGGGUUCGAUUUGUAAUGGAAUAAAUAUAAUAAAAUCAGCAAAUAACCAAGGCGAGACCCUAGUGAAAAGUGUGUGAGUGAAUAUACCCGACGGAGAGAGAGGGAGAGUGUGUGCAAUGUCGGUUUUCGGUUACCAUUGAUAAAUGGCAAACAAAUUGAAUGGCAAUGGCCGGUGAAUAUUGAAAGCGCCCAUACAAAUAAAAAAAAAAAGAAAAGAAGGAAGUAAAGAAAAAACACCGCUUCAAGCCGAAAUCAAAUCACACGUGUCAUAUCCGUUUCGUUUUUGGGAAAGACUAUCUCUGAUCGUAUAUUUAUUUGUUUAAAAGCGUUAAUUCGGUUAAGCACUUAAAGCAAACUGAGGUCCACAUGGACUGGCAGUUGGCCAGCCGGAGCUGGAGCGAUGCUGCGUUGACAGGAGCCACAUCAUCGUCAUCAACAUCAUCAUCAUCGGCAUCUUGGGCAUCGGCAGCGUGCUCAUCAAGAACCAUUGGAGGAGCACAAGACCGCUGGACAAAUUGCACCUGCCUAGUCUGAGUCGACCCACAUCCGGAUUGGAUUUGCCAUUUAUCCGGAAAGCUACCACAUCGAGAGCAGGGCCAUCAUGUCCAGCAGUCACUCCGGAACAAUUGGCCGUAAACGCGUGGGCAGCGGCAGUGCGGCCGGUAGUGAAUAUUACUACGCAUCCGGCGGACUGGGAUCCGCGAACGGUGGCGGCAACGGUGGCGGGGAGCAACUGCGUCGACAGCGUUCCGCCGAGUGGCACAGUCACGGUCGUCACGGUCACGGUCAUGGCCUGAGCCAUGGACUGGGUCAUGGCAUGGGUCACGGCUACGGGAGCAGCAGCGAGGAUGAGUACCAGAACACCGGACAGGCGACGGCAUUCGAUACCCAACUGCUCGCCCAGCUGCUGCUGCAGAGUCAGCAAUUGGCAAGCAUGGAGCAUUAUAACUCAGACUGUGAGCCGGAUUACUUGAGGCAGCGCGAUCGUCACCAGGAUGAGGACACGCCCCUGGGCGAUGCCCCGCCCACCGUGGCCGCCGCCCCCGAGGUAACCUACGCGCAGCCGCACCAGCAGCGCUCCUCGAUGGCGGGGUCACCACUGAAGGUGUCCACCGUUUCGGCGGGCAAAUACCAAUCGAAUGCCAAUCUGGGCCUGUUUCCCAACAGCAGCAGCAGCGGCGGCAGUAGUGUGCAGAAUGGAGUCACCGCCCACACGCCGCGCAGCACAAAUCCCUUCCUGAACGGCUCAUCCAAGUUUGCCGGCGAGGAUGGCGGCCUGGAAAAUAUCAAUAUGCUGAAGCCAUCGGCCUCCUCCUCGACGGCGGCGUCCUCGAGCAUUCGCAGCAGCCAUCGCAAUCGGAAUGCAUUGAAUCGCCUCAGUGGCAUGACCAGUUCCAGCAGCGAUUCACAGACCCACCACCAGCAACAGCAGCAGCAGCAGCAACUGCAAAUUUCGCAGCAGCAGCAACAGCAGAUUGCUGCAGUUAAGCAGCAGCAGCAAAUGCUGCCGCCGGAGGACAGCGGCGAUGAUGAAUUCGUCCUGGGUCUGGGUUCCCUCGAACUGGGCAACUGCAGCAGUGGCGGCGAUUCGGAGGAACCGCCGCCGGAACCGGCGCCACCAGAAAUCCCGCCGCGCACCCAAUCCCUACUCAUGUCCCUUCGCAAGCACUCCGACUACAAGCUGAAGUACGAGGAGAAGGGUGACCAGAAGCACGAGGAGUUCAUCCCCACCAGUCAGCUGCAGAAGGAUUAUAUUCUCAGCGAUAACCUCCGUUCAGAUCAGCAACUUAAGCCUAUAUCACCAGGCGACUCAAAUGGGUAA